AUGGGGUGGCUUAAGAGAAUUAACGGUAGUAUUAAAUCCAAGAAUACUGUAUUGUUUGCAGCUCCAUUUUUUGUGGAAUGCAUAUCAGAGCAGGACUUGGAUGAGAUGAAUAUUGAAAUAAUCAGAAACACAUUAUACAAGGCAUACCUUGAGGGCUUCUACAAGUUUUGUGAAGAUUUAGGUGGAACCACUGCUGAUGUGAUGUGUCCGAUUCUGCAAUUUGAGGCUGAUCGUCGAGCUUUCAUUAUCACCAUCAACUCCUUUGGCACUGAACUUGGCAAAGAUGAUCGCAAUAAGCUGUAUCCCAAGUGUGGCAAGCUAUACCCAGAGGGAUUGUCUAGACUGGCCAAGGCAGAUGAUUAUGAACAAGUCAGAGCUGUGGCUGAUUACUACUCCGAUUAUAAGUCUCUCUUUGAAGGAGCCGGCACAAACCCCGGUGAAAAGACUCUUGAGGAUAAGUUCUUUGAACAUGAGGUUAAGAUGAACACGCUCGCGUUUCAACAGCAGUUCCAUCUCGGAGUGUUUUACGCUUACGUCAAGCUUAAGGAACAGGAAUGCCGGAAUAUUGUAUGGAUUGCUGAAUGCAUUGCACAGAGAAACAAGUCGAAGAUUGACAACUACAUUCCCAUUUUCUGAAUUCACGAGACAUCCACUUUGUCUCUAUGACUUUGAUCAAAGAAAUUGUAAUUACAUUACAUUGAAGUGAAUUGAAACCAUUUGCUUGUGAAAGUUUGGUUUGUACAUGUACUAGUCUAGACCCUUUCCAGUUGUAUUUACAACUCGAUAGGGAAAAUUGAAGAAAGCAAUGCCAUGGGUAGUUUACAUUUCUCCAUAAUGAAUUAUCACUGUUGAUGUUUUUACUCAUGAAUAAGCCUUUUAAAUGCUAUGACACUAACACCGCAUUUUAUUUACAACUGGCUUUUUGAGAUUCUUACUUCAACAACUACAAAAUAUACUAUGAAUUAAGUGAGACUUAGUAAAAUAAUUAUGUAUUUAUAAUAACUAUAGUCAUUUUAGCGUGAAGAAUUGUUUAAAUGAUUUUGCUGUCACAGACCGUGUCUUAUGAAACAGACGUCUCUCUUUGCGCAAUCUCAGAUUCGACUUCGAAAAAUUCCAUUCUGAUAACAUACUUCUGCAAGGUCCGUGCAGUGUCUCUGAUUGGCUGUUACUUGCGUGCGAAAAUUCAAAACCGAACAAUAGCCAAUCACCGGCAAUAUACGGGUCUCUUUUGAGUUACAUCAUCACUGGGAUUUUCCGGGUCGAAUCUCGGACGCUCUCAAGCAGGAGCGGAAUUGAGCGUGCAGAGGGAGGGGUUUGUAAGCUUUGAUUUUCGUUUAAGUUCUGUUCUCAUAAGAUAAAUUCAACUUGGGUUAGUAAACAGUAACUAGUAAGCUAAAGCGUGUCAUUAGAUCAAAGAGUGAGGUACAGUAGAACGGAAAAGACUUGAACUCAAGUGUCAAUGAAUAUUACCGUGUAGAUCCAACCUCGUUCCCAGGCUCAUCUCGGAUUUUGUCGGUGAGUGGUGAAUAAAGUUCCCAUUUUAGUGUGGAUCGGAGCCCGCGCUGUUCUCUUCUGAUAUUACUCCAUGGUAGAAAAAAUGCAAGUUAACUGCGAAUCGCGUAAAAAUGCGAAUGAAGAAACUCUAUUAGACAGCUUGGAAAACUAUACACGCGAUGUGAAAGAAAUUAUUUCUUAAUUAAAGAAAACGUUUUAUCACGAUUCUAAGCAGUUGUAGCCCGAAAUCUUUAUUUUUCAGGCAAGCUUGUAGACUUCUUGGCGUAGCGAGCCAGAUUAUGUCUGCUAAAGCGUCUAGCAAACUUAUAUGAGCAUGUUUAGGUCAAUGAUGAUAUUACGAAUUCAGGACAAAAUAAAUCACAAGUGACUGAA